AUGACAAGAACAGUGCAUCUAGAAGUUGCCUACGGACUUGAUACAGAUUUGUUCCUCAAUGCAUUUUACCGGAUGGUUUGCCGAAGAGGUCUACCUACAGAAGUCAUAUCAGACAAUGGAACGAAUUUUGUUGGUGGCAAAAACGAGCUUAUGGAACAAGUUGGAUUAUUGGACCACACAAAAAUUCAACAAUAUACAUCAAACCUAGGAGUCAAGUGGCACUUUAAUCAGCCUCUUGCACCUCACUUCGGAGGUGUACAUGAAAUCAUGAUCAAAACAGCGAAGAGAGCUAUCUACGCAGUGAUCGGCUCAGCAAAUGUUACAGAUGAAAAGCUGAUGACAUCAUUUGCAGGAGCAGAAGCUUUGAUCAACUCAAGACCCUUGACUUACCAUUCGGCAAACCGUAACGAUGAUGUUCCGUUGACUCCUAACCACUUCCUGCACGGGCAGCCCAAGGCAGCAAUAUUAGCCACAGAGCCGAAGGCCCAAAGGAGGAUGUUGGUCGAGGGCUGA